AUGGAAGAUGCUAACGUUAAGCUAACUAGCGAGCAAUCUUUUGCUUGCUCUGUUUGUAAGAAGAGUUUCUCCAGAAAGGAACACAUGACCACACACAUGAGAACACACACUGGAGAGAAACCUUUUACUUGCUCUGUUUGUAAGAAGAGUUUCUCCAGAAAGGGUGACAUGACCACACACAUGAGAACACACACUGGAGAGAAACCUUAUGCUUGCUCAGCUUGUGCUAAAAGAUUCAACACUAAGAAAGUCAUGAUCAUACACAUGAGAACACACACAGGUGAGAAACCUUUUACUUGCUCUGUUUGUAAGAAGAGUUUCUCCAGAAAGGGUGACAUGACCACACACAUGAGAACACACACUGGAGAGAAACCUUUUGCUUGCUCAGCUUGUGCUGAAAGUUUCAACACUAAGAAGGAACUUAUAUUACAUGUGAGAACACACACAGGUGAGAAACCUUUUACUUGCUCUGUUUGUAAGAAGAGUUUCUCCAGAAAGGGUGACAUGACCAUACACAUGAGAACACACACUGGAGAGAAACCUUUUGCUUGCUCAGCUUGUGCUAAAAGAUUCAACACUAAAAAGAAAAGUAUAUUACACAUGAGAACACACACUGGAGAGAAACCUUUUGCUUGCUCAGCUUGCGCUAAAAGAUUCAACACUAAGAUUGAAAUGAUGUUACACAUGAGAACACACACAGGUGAGAAACCUUUUACUUGCUCUGUUUGUAAGAAGAGUUUCUCCAGAAAAGAACACAUGACCACACACAUGAGAACACACACUGGAGAGAAACCUUAUACUUGCUCUGUUUGUAAGAAGAGUUUCUCCAGAAAGGGUGACAUGACCAUACACAUGAGAACACACACUGGAGAGAAACCUUUUGCUUGCUCAGCUUGUGCUAAAAGAUUCAACACUAAGAAGAAAAUUAUAUUACACAUGAGAACACACUCAGGUGAGAAACCUUUUACUUGCUCUGUUUGUAAGAAGAGUUUCUCCAGAAAGGAACACAUGACUACACACAUGAGAACACACACUGGAGAGAAACCUUUUACUUGCUCUGUUUGUAAGAAGAGUUUCUCCAGAAAGGGUGACAUGACCAUACACAUGAGAACACACACUGGAGAGAAACCUUUUGCU